GAUCAACUCGGUCGGUUCUGGGUUUCUCUGAAUUUCAACUCGGUUUAUUCCGGUUUAAGUGUGAUUUUCCCGGCUUAUGGAUCUGACCCAAGGCUUCGGAGCUAGAUCCGGCGUUGUUGGGCCGGUGACCGGACUUGAAUCUCUCAAUUUCAGCGACGAAUUUCGGCACUUAGUGGCGACGAUGCCUCCGGAGAAUACUGGCGGCUCUUUCACGGCUUUGCUCGAGAUGCCUGUGACUCAAGCCAUGGAGCUUCUCCAUUUCACUGAUUCAUCGUCUUCUCAGGCGAGAACCGUUACCGGAGAUAUUGCUCCUACUACUCUUCACCCUUUCGGGGCUUUGACUUUUCCUUCUAACUCGCUUCUCUUGGACCGCGCCGCUCGUUUCUCGGUGAUUGCUACGGAGCAAAACGGUAAUAUCUCCGGCGAGACUGCGAACUCUUUACCUUCCAAUUCCGGCGCCAAUCUGGACAGAGUCAAGGCUGAGCCUGCUGAGACUGAUUCAAUGGUGGAGAAUCAGAACCAGAACUACUCUUCUGGAAAGAGGAAAGAUCGCGAGAAGAAGGUCAAAAGCUCGACGAAGAAGACCAAGAGCUCCGCAGAGUCAGACAAGUUGCCAUAUGUUCAUGUCAGAGCUCGUCGUGGUCAAGCUACAGAUAACCAUAGCUUAGCAGAGAGAGCAAGAAGAGAGAAGAUAAACGCACGAAUGAAGCUGCUACAGGAACUGGUCCCAGGCUGUGAUAAGAUUCAGGGCACAGCAUUGAUUCUGGAUGAAAUCAUUAACCAUGUGCAGUCUUUACAGCGUCAAGUGGAGAUGCUAUCUAUGAGACUUGCUGCAGUAAACCCCAGAGUCGACUUCAAUCUAGACAGCAUACUGGCUUCAGAAAACGGCUCUCUUAUGGAUGGUAGCUUCAAUGGAGAGUCUUAUCAUCAGCUGCAACAAUGGCCUUUCGACGGCUACCACCAGCCGGAAUGGGGAAGAGAAGAAGAUCAUCAUCAAGCCAAUUUCUCAAUGGGUUCAGCUACUUUACACCCAAAUCAGGUCUUUGUUCAUGGCCUUUCUAUAUUUACUAGAUUCCUCAAUGUAGAAUUCAGAAUGUCUCAAUUGUCAGAAAUAUCGGAACCAAAAGCGAUGCCGUCGACGCAGUCCUUGACCGUCGCAGCGAAGACGCUACGAAAUCGGAUCUUCUCCAGGUCUGGAUCUACAUCCGCCGGUCCGAGUCGGUGGGCGACGCCAGGUCACGAGGAGCGGCCUAAGGGUUACUUUAUGAACCGGACUCCUCCGGCACCAGGACAGUCGCGAAAAUGGGAAGAUUGGGAGCUUCCUUGUUACAUCACUAGCUUCCUCACAAUUGUUAUCCUCGGCGUCGGACUCAAUGCCAAACCUGAUCUUUCAAUCGAGACUUGGGCUCAUCAGAAAGCUUUAGAGCGUCUUGAGAUGGAGAAGCUCGCAACCGCUGGAGAUUCGUCCGAUUAAGCAUCACCGUUGGAUCUCCGGAUGCUUGAUUUGGUAUGUCUUAUUUUCCGGCAGUUGAGGAGUUUUUUUUCCCGUUUUAUGAUGAUGAUCACGAAGACUGGAGAGUUAGGGUUUCGUUUGGCCCUUGAACUGUGUUUCAAAUCUCCUUUGUUUUGUCGAUAAUGAUGAUGUUUAUGAAAUAAGUGUUCUUUUAACUG